CGAAGAAGCUGCCGUGACGAAGAAGUCCAUCUCCCUGCAGGUCACUAUUGGAUUCAAGUCGUCUCAUCCGAUAUCGUUCAAAACACAGCUGACAUUCAGAGACGGUAGUGGCGCGCAGACGGCGGUGACGGUGAUGGCUACGGCCGACAACUGUCUGCUCACGACGCAUGCGUUCUCGCUGCUCAAGUAUAGGGCGCAGACGGAUGCUACUACGCAUGCGUGUGACACCAUCCAGUACAACCAUGUCGAGUUUGUGAAACGGAGCAGUUCGGUCACAAAUCUGCUGGCAUCAGACGAUGCAGCUGCCAAAUCGGGUCUGGAGAGAAGAGUAAUGAAGUCGCAGACCUCUCUAUCGGUGUCGAGCCUGGCCGGUCGGCAGAAUUCCUCCUUCAUUUCGCACACUAAAAACUCGAAAUAUCUCAAGUUGCCCUGGCAAUCGAUACCUGAAUUCCCGUGCCGACUCCAGACAUGCGUCAUUCGGCGAACACUGAGCAGCAAAUCGCCGAAUCGCGAGUCGGUGGAUGGAUGUUUUGUCUACUCGCAAGGCAAGCGAACAUUCGUGCUCGUUGGUUCCCGUUCAGGGUCGGACUUUUGUACUCAUCAAGUGGACGAGU